UACAUUACCAAGUGCGAUCUUGUCGAAUUGCCUACCCUGCAUUGGCACGUGCGGACAUGCCGCGCCAAGCAAAGUGGACCAGGCCUGGUCCAAAAUUUGGGCAUUGAGCUGCAACCUCAUCGCGCUUUUCAGGAGGCUCCAUCCAGAUUUUGGGAGAGGUUUGUACAUUCAAGCCGCCCCAAUAACCACAUCACCAAAAUGCCUCCAAGAAUACCUUGCCCUUCGGGGUUGAGUACCUUCUCAUUAUGCAUACGACCUGCAGCAAGACCUUCACCAGCUCAGGCCCUGCAGCCUCUGAUUCAGACAGCAAACAUCUCCGCCAAGGAAAAGAAGAGGAAAGCCAGGCUCGACCCGUACUGGUUCGCGCAGUACCAGGCGAGGGUGGCGGCGAACCAGAAGCGCCAGGCCGAGCUCAAGAUCAAACGCGACUACGAUUGGGGCCACCCCGUCGACGGCAUCCUCAAGCCCUACACCGAGUCCUUCGACUCGGGCGGCACCGCAGCCCUCUCUCUCCCCGUGGCCGACGACAAGGGCAACGUCCUCGAGGAGCCUCACCCGCUGCCCACCUCGCCUCACAUUCUCAACUUCCAGGUCGGCAAAGAGGACCUGGAAGCCGUCGUCAACGAGUCCUACGAGCUCACCAAGCCGCUGCCGCCGCAGGACGGUGACCACGUCAAGUAUGAGCAGGCCCUCGCUAGCCAUGAGUCCUCGCACGCAAAGGCCUCGGAGGCGCUGAAGCGCAUCACGGCCGUGGAGAACGCCAGCUCCAAGGAGCGGAGGCACGUCAACAUCCGCCGUAUCAUCGAGGAGUUUGGCCGCCACAACACGGACAAGACGGUGCCUCAGAGGCCCGUGGCAGCCAACAGCCCCAGGAUCGAGCCGGUGCAGCGCGCAGGCCCCGACACGGGCUCUUCCGAGGUUCAGAUCGCCAUCCUGACGGCCAAGAUCCGCAAGCUGGCCCAGAUGUACGCCGGUCCCAAGGGUAACAAGGACAAGGCCAACAAGCGCAACCUCAGGCUGCUCCUCCACCGGAGGCAAAAGUUGCUUCGUUACAUGGAGAGGAAGGAGCGCAGGAGCGGAAGGUGGCUUCACAUGUGCGAGAAGCUUGGCAUCACGCCGGCCAUGUACCACGGUGAGAUCGAGGUUCGCUAGGGUUGCAGACGUGGGAAGUCCUCAGGAGAGAUGCUGGAGAAAGGCAUAUGUGAUAUAGAGUGUAAUUUUCUAUGUAAAAUACAUCCUCGGAAAGUUGAGGCUUGGUCGGAAAAUAAUUCGCCCCAUUUACGCCGUCCCAUGAUUUUUCUUGUUUGCAACGAGCCCGUCGGCGCGUUAGCCUAGCAAAGUUCCCGGUAUGAAGAAGCCAAAAAAAAAAAAAAGAUAGAACAACAA